CCGGCCUCCAUCCAGCUCUCUGCCCGGCCGGGGCACCUGAUCCCCGGAUCACCUCAGCCUGUCCCCCCCCACUCGGUGUAUCACUUUUCCCGGAGCUAACGGAGGACAAACACCGGCAGGGGGCGCUGAGUUCUGUGCACGGAGCGGCGCUGCUGGGCGGAGGCAGCAGCAGGUGGGCGGUGUCUGUCUGCACCUGGGAUUCAAAGAGGCUCCCCGCUGCCCUCCCGUCUCUCCAGCAGCUGUGGGGUUUUGAACACAUUUUAAAGGUUUAAGCGUACAUUUUUGGGAGGAUCUUUUUAAGAAUGAGCUGCUACACAGUGACGCUCCCCGGCCCCGGGCCCUGGGGCUUCAGACUGCAGGGGGGCAAGGACUUCAACAUGCCCCUCACCAUCUCCAGGAUCACGCCGGGCAGCAAGUCGGCGCAGGGUAACCUGGUGCAGGGCGACGUGAUCGUGGCCAUCGAUGGGGUCGGCACGGACGGGAUGACCCAUCUGGAGGCGCAGAACAAGAUCAAGAUGGCCAACUACAACCUGGCACUCACCAUGACCAAGGCGAAGCGUAACGCUGCGAUGCCGAUACCGAGCGCCUUUCCCAUAGUCCCUCAACAACAGCCUCAGGUGAACGGCCACCUGUCGGCCUGCAGUGCCUCCCCCGGGCCUGCGGGGGCAGACUCUCCGGGCGGGGGUGCGGCGGCGAGCCCCACCCAGAGGAAGCAGUAUAACAACCCCAUCGGCCUGUACUCAGAGGAGACUCUGAGGGAGAUGGCUGCCAUUCAGGCCGGGCUGCCUGUCGGAGGCCCAUCCGAGGUGACGGCCCCCGGAGGGAAGGCCACCAAUCACGCGCAGUACAACACCCCCCCAUCAGCAUGUAACUCUCAGGACGCCAUCAUGGACGUGAUCGCAGGGCAGACGCAGGGCAUGGGGCACGACGCCGGCCUGAAGCGACAGUCUGCCGCUGGUUACAGCGUCCAGCGCAGGGUCGGAGGCUCCAGCCAAUACAGUCAGCCUCCUGCCAUGCACCAGGCUCCACAAGGCCCGCCUCCACAGCAGUACCAGCAGCCAAUGCCGCAACAGCAAUACCAGCAGCCAAUGCAACAACAACAAUACCAGCAGCCAAUGCAACAACAGCAAUACCAACAACCAAUGCAACAACAACAAUACCAGCAGCCAAUCCCGCAGCAGUAUCAGCAGCCGCCCACGCAACAGGCCCCGCCCACUCAGCAGAGCUCCAUUCAGAUCCCUCUUGGCUCCGCCCCUCCCAAGGUGGUCAGCACCGCCUGCAUCUACCCCUCCCAGCCAGCUCCACCCCCUGCUGCUCAGCCUUGCCCCCCCGCUGCUGCCCCCCCCCAACCACCCGCGGCCCCCUCCCCCUCUAACCGACCACCCUGGGUGUCCGAUACCAACUUUGCAGACAAGUUCGACCCCAGUAAGAUGACCACCACCAUGAAGGUGCAGCAGCUGCCCCAGGGCGCCCCUCCUCCACCUACAUACAACCCCAACCCCUCCUCCUCCGCACCUGCAGCUCCAAGCCCUGCCCCCGCCACACCAACCCCCGCCACCUUCACACCUGUGGCGAGGGGCGUGGCUCAGAGGGCGGAGAGAUUCGCCGCCAGCAGCCGCACGCCUCUCUGCGGGUCCUGCAACGGCGUCAUCAGGGGCCCCUUCCUGUCGGCCCUGGGCCGCUCCUGGCACCCGGAGGAGUUUCACUGCCACUACUGCCACAUGUCUCUGGCGGACGCCAGCUUCGUGGAGGAGCAGAACAACGUUUACUGCGAGAACUGCUACGAGGAGUUCUGCCCGACCUGCGCUCGCUGCAACACCAAGAUCAUGGGGGAAGUGAUGCACGCCCUGCGGCAGACGUGGCACACCACCUGCUUCGUGUGCGCCGCCUGCGGUAAACCCUUCGGAAACAGCCUCUUCCACAUGGAGGACGGGGAGCCGUACUGCGAGAAAGAUUAUAUAUCUCUCUUCAGCACAAAGUGUCACGGCUGUGACUUCCCGGUCGAAGCCGGAGAUAAAUUCAUCGAGGCUCUGGGUCACACCUGGCACGACACCUGCUUCGUGUGUGCGGUUUGCAACGUCAACCUGGAGGGCCAGCCUUUCUACUCAAAGAAAGACAAACCUCUGUGCAAGAAGCACGCUCACGCCAUCAACGUGUAGACCACCAGCCGGAGGCGACCGGCCGCACGCUGACGACUUUACUAAUGUGUGUGUAAACGCUCUUCAUGCAAAAUACACUUUGUUUUUGUGCAUUUAUUUUAAAACUACGCUGCCUGAGGAUUCAAAACAGAAACAAAAAACAGGUCAUGAUGUCCAGCCCACGUUAUUAUGUACUGUAGUGAUUUAUUUACUGUUUUCUACCAGAAACUACUUGUGUGUUCAAUGUGAAGAAGUUCUCAUAUGGAGUCUGGUGUGUGCCAAAAACAAUUAUGAUAAAUAUUUGUAUUAGUUAAUUAAUUGAUGAAUGUAAAAUAUAUACAGGUAACUAAGCUGAUAAAAGCAAGAAAUUAUACGAUAUUACAUUUAAUACUGAAAAGAAUAAUCAUUAUAAUUUUGAUAAUUAUAAGGAUUCAAAUGAAUUUACAUAUUUGUUUUAUUUAAAGCUUUAAUUUCACCCAGUGGCGAUCCUAGAGUCGGUGGGGGCCCUAUAGGCAAACAUUCACUGGGGGCCCCUCGAAGCAAGGCAACAAAACUUAAGAUGAGAAGCAGCAUUUUACGGCGCACUAUGCUUGGGGCCGCCUUGAUGGGGUUUCCCGACAUGUCGUUGCAGUAAAUUAAAGGGUGUUUUAUGUUGUCGUUGCUGUGGACCUUCUUAAUCUACCUUCUUUGGGGGCCCCCUUCUGGUCUGGGGCCCCAAGCAGUUGCCUAACUCAACUAACAAAAGUAUUUAUGAAUGUUUGGUUCAGCACUGGAAUGUAAAAAUAGAAACCACAGACUGUAGAGAAACCAAAAUGUCCUUAAACACAUGCAAAACAACUACAAAGAGAAAACAAUGAGGUAAAGACACAAAUCGGAAAAAAAUGAAAACGGCAACAUAAAUUCUUGCAUAACGAACACAGAAGAUACAAAAAAAUGCUGAACUGAUGCAAAACGACCCCUGUUCUCUGAGUAUGUAACUCUAAAGUCACCUCUAUGGGAUGUUUCUUACCCUUCACGUACAGUAGGUGCUACUAUGCAACAAAAACACUGUUAUUUUAAUAUUAAAGGUCCCCUAUUAUACUGUUUUUCAUCAAUAUAUCACAGGUCUCAGAUAUAUACAGAACCUGUCUCUGAUUGGCUGAAACACCAAACAGAUCAUUGCAGCAUACCCAUAAUCCCCUCUG